UUUAUGACUCACCUUGAGGAAAAAAAAACAGCUUUGACAAUUAAUUGGAUCUGUGAAACGCAGCCUUUCUGCUUUGCGCUUAGAGGGUGCUCAAGUCUCAUCAAGACAGAAGGAGAAAGACUCUUUAAAAGGGUUCCAUCAAGAGCAUGGCAACGGUGUUUCCAUGUGCCAAUCUCACACUGAGUUUAUCUCUAACAGUUGAGCAAGUGUGUACCUGUGUGCUUGUGAUGGCUGUCUUUGUUGUUCAUGAAUGUUUUUGUCACAGGUAGAAAUGGAUCCUCUUCUGGAACAAGUUUUGGCUGGCUUUAACGCAACUCUCGGAGCUUCGAAUCGGACAGACCCCCUGGAUAAAUUCUCGGGAACCCAGCUGCUUUGGCGCUUCAAACCUCUGUUUAUCCCACUCUACGCCUUGGUUGUUGUUGUAGCUGGUGUCGGGAACACUUUCCUUCUUGCCUGCAUUCUGUCAGACAAGAAGCUCCACAAUGCCACCAAUUUCUUCAUUGGCAACCUGGCAGCUGGGGACUUGCUGAUGUGCCUGAGCUGCGUGCCGCUGACCGCGUCGUACGCUUUUGAUGCGCGUGGUUGGGCAUUCGGACGUCCAAUGUGCCACCUUAUUCCUCUGCUGCAAGGUGCAACGGUCUUCGCCUCUGUAUUAUCCCUCACUGCCAUCGCCAUGGACCGUUACGUGGUGGUGGCGUACCCGGUACGGAGGCGUAUCUCCGUGUGGGGCUGUGGCGCAGUGGCAUUGGGCGUCUGGGCAGUUUCGUUGACCCUUGCCGCUCCCCCUUCCCUCCACACACGCUACGUGGACCUGCGACCAAGUGGCAUGGAGCUGGUAGUAUGCGAGGAGUUCUGGCUGGGUACCGAACGGCAGCGCCUGCUCUACUCCUGCUUCUUCUUGUUGGCGUCCUACAUGAUCCCCCUGUUGUCUGUAAGCAUCUCCUACUGUGCCAUCAGUGUGCACCUCCGCAAACACACACUGCCUGGAGAGCCCUCCCAAAGCCAGCAGCGAUGGAGCAAGCAACGGCGCAAGACUUUCUCCCUUCUGGUGGCGUCUGUGCUUGCCUUUGCCCUCUGUUGGCUCCCGCUGCAAGUCCUCAAUCUCCUUCUGGAUCUAGACUCAGACUUCCAGAUUGUGGACAAGCGCUACGUCAACGUGCUGCAGGUCAGUUGCCACCUGAUAGCCAUGAGCUCAGCCUGCUACAACCCCUUCAUCUAUGCCUCGUUGCACAGCAAGGUCCGCAUGCACCUGCGGGGUUACCUCUGCCCCUGCAGGCGUAGUGGGCAGAAGCUACUCUCUCGCUGUGCCUCCCGCAACCCUGCCACCUGCCUGACACUCAUCUCAGAGGUAGCGGUGAAAGAGAGCCAAUCACCUGAGAGCCCUGUCCCUGACAGCUGCCUCUGAAGAUGCACAGACUAAUCAGGAGCACUCAGACAUUAAGGAGGUUUCGCAGCACUGGAGAGGUAUCCCAGCCAAUAUUCAAUGUUCUUAUCUGAAAACGAAGGCUUUGUUGUUGGUGGGCUUUUCUUUCAUGAGGACUAAAAAGAAUACUCAGGCUCUCAGCUUUGUUUUGAAGUUACUGUGGACAUUAGUGAUCCAGGCUCAAGAUUCCCUGCAGUACAUCUCUUUGACCUUGAGUGAAAACUUCUGACGUUAAACACAUUUACAGUGCUGCUUUUACUGGAGGUGUAAAUCCAUUUGGGAAUACCCUGUCUUUGAACCCACCAUGGUCAAGGGGAAUAUCAGCAAACAACAACUAGAUGUUGACUGCUCUUUUUCACUUCAAUUCCUUUCCUUGUUUUUCUCUGCUAAUAGCAAGUAGCCAAAAAAAAAAAAAAAAAAUCAGGUGUUUUGGCUGAGGUACCUCUUACCCGUCCCUUCUGACUCUGUUAUAUCUGCAUUUAUGUGAUUAGCGGUUAAUUCUGUCCCUUUCGCUCAGAGCCAUGUCAGAAAACAAGUGAUGCAGAACAUCUUAUAAACCCUCUCAGCCUCACAAGCCUCUAAGGAUCACUGCAUGUCUGAUAUAGAUCACUGUUCGGAAAUUUGUCCUCAGAGCCUCUCACUCUCAAGUCCAGACACUCUCAAGAGGGCUCUGGCAGUCAGAGUUCAAUCAAAUGACAGCCUUUCGCCUCUGGUAAUGGACUGCACACUCUGCUUUAAGGCACAUACGAGGCACAUAGCUCGCACUGGAACACUUCUAUAUUUCUGAAGAUAGGCAUAGUUCUACGAAAUGUUCAACAGAGUGAGUCUGACCUUUUGUAAGUAGCAGGAGCUAAAGUGAUGAUAAUUUCACAGGAGCAAGUGCCGUUGUUUUGCUAUUAUGUGGUUUUGUCAUUUUCCUCGGAGAGCUGUGAGAAUUGAUGUCUCAUUCUAACAGUUCUCUGGAGGUGUGAGAUACCCUUAAUUAGAUGAUCUACAGUGCAUUCACACUACACUACAUUACUCAUCAAGUCAACCUUUGCUCAGAUGAAUAAACAAGCGUAUGUGACCCAAAAGAUUAAUGGUAAUUAAUGGUAGAAUGUCACUGUGUGUAUAUGUGUGACAAACAAAGCCAUACUAUUCAUGGUUUUCUUUUUUAACCGUUUCAUGCAUGAAUUAUGAAAACCUCAGUCAGGAUUUGUGUGUGUGUGUGUGUGUGUGUGUGUGUGUGUGUGUGUGUGUGUGUGUGUGUGUGUGUGUGUGUGUGUGUGUGUGUG